CUGGAGAGAGCGGUACUUUGAGGGUAGACUGACCCUGGCGCUAUUUUCCCUGUCGUGCUGUCGAGGCCAGGAAGGAGGGACACGUGUAUAGUGCUGCACAGGGGUGGUCGCGGCCAAGAGGAAAGGCCCCUGCAGCGCUGGGGGUUUGGGCCUGCAGGCAGAGCAGGAGGCGCUCGGAGGGGGUCCUCUCUCGCAGCGGGUUCUGAGCGGGAGGCCCGAGCCGCGAACAUUUGCGGCCCUGAGAGAUCCAGGCGGCUGUGGUGCGGCGCAAUGGAGGAGCUCGGCGGGGAGCCGACAGUCACUUUGAUUCCAGGAGUGAAUUCCCAGAAGAAGCAAAUGUGUUUUGACUGGGGUCCAGGGGAGAUGCUGGUAUGUGAAACCUCUUUCAACAAAAAAGAAAAAUCAGAGAUGGUGCCAGGUUGCCCCUAUAUCCAUAUUAUCCGGAAAGAUAUAGAUGUAUAUUGUAAAAUCCUAAGAAAACUCUUCAACGAGUCCCAUGGAAUCUUUGUGGGCCUUCAGAGAAUUGAAGAAGAGUUUACUGGAAAAUCCAGAAAAGCUCAAUUGGUUCGAGUGAGUAAAAACUACCGGUCAGUCAUAAGAGCGUGCAUGGAGGAAAUGCACCAGCUUGCAAUUGCUGCUAAAGAUCCAGCCAGUGGCGGCCAGUUUAGCAUCCAGAUCUCCAUUUUGUCAGCCAUGGAGCUCAUUUGGAACCUUUGUGAGAUUCUUUUUAUUGAAGUGGCCCCAGCCGGCCCCCUCCUCCUUCACCUCCUUGACUGGGUCCGAUUGCACGUGUGUGAGGUGGACAGUUUGUCGGCAGAUGUUCUGGGCAGUGAGAAUCCAAGCAAACACGAGGACUUCUGGAAGCUGGUGACCAUCCUGGUGCUGCAGGGCCGGCUGGACGAGGCCCGGCAGAUGCUCUCCAAGGAAGCCGACGCCAGCCCCACCUCUGCAGGCAUGUGCCGCGUCCUGGGGGACCUGAUGAGGACAAUGCCCGUUCUCAGCCCUGGUAACACUCAGACGUUGACCGAGCUGGAGCUGAAGUGGCAGCACUGGCACGAGGAGUGCGAGCGGCACCUCCAGGAUGGCACGUUCGCCUCCAGUCCUCACCUCGAGUCUCUCUGCAAGAUCAUGCUGGGAGACGAAGCUGCCCUGUUGGAGCAAAAGGAGCUUCUGAGUAACUGGUACCAUUUCCUAGUGACCCGGCUCCUGUACUCUUGUCCCACAGUGAAACCCAUGGAUCUGCACUGCUAUGCCCAGUCCAGCCUGGACCUGUUUCUGGGAGGUGAGAGCAGCUCAGAACCCCUGGACAACAUCUUGUUGGCAGCCUUCGAGUUCGACAUCCACCAAGUGAUCAAGGAGUGCAGCAUUGCCCUCAGCAACUGGUGGUUUGUGGCCCACCUGACAGACCUGCUGGAUCACUGCAAACUCCUCCAGUCUCACAACCUCUACUUCGGGUCCAACAUGAGAGAGUUCCUCCUGCUGGAAUAUGCCUCAGGCCUGUUUGCCCAUCACAGGUAUGCUGGCAGCGGGUGCUUCUCAGCAUGUGGCUGCCAGGGGUCAGGGCGGGGGGAGGGGGCUUGGACUCGGUUCUCUCCUGUCUGGUUCCCCGAAGGCUGCAGGGUUUGGAGCCGGAGCUGCCUUGAGUGCGCGUUCCCAAGCCCCAGGGCAGCGUCUGGGCUUGCCAGGCCCUCAUGUCUGUCCUUGGACCCGUGCAGCCUGUGGCAGCUGGGGGUGGAUUACUUUGACCACUGCCCUGAGCUGGGCCGAGUUUCGUUGGAGCUGCAUAUCGAGCGGAUCCCGCUGAGCACGGAGCAGAAAGCCCUCAAGGUGCUGCGGGUUUGCGAGCAGCGGCAGAUGACGGAGCAAGUUCGCAGCAUUUGUAAGAUCUUAGCCAUGAAAGCUGUCCGCAACAAUCGCCUGGGCUCCGCCCUCUCUUGGAGCAUUCGAGCCAAAGAUGCUGCCUUUGCCACGCUGGUGUCAGACAGGUUCCUCAGGGAUUACUGUGAGCGAGGCUGCUUUUCCGACCUCGAUCUCAUUGACAACCUGGGGCCAGCCAUGAUGCUCAGUGAUCGACUGACGUUCCUUGGAAAGUACCGUGAGUUCCACCGGUUAUAUGGGGAGAAGCGUUUUGUUGACGCUGCUACUCUUCUCCUGUCAUUGAUGACGUCCCAGAUUGCCCCCCGGUCUUUCUGGAUGACGCUACUAACAGACGCCCUGCCCCUCUUGGAACAGAAACAGGUGAUUUUUUCAGCAGAGCAAACGUAUGAGUUGAUGAGAUGCCUGGAAGACCUGACCUCAGAAAGGCCAGCGCAUGGAGAGCCCGAUGCCCAGCAACUCCAGGAUGAUGACAUAGAGACCACCAAAGUGGAAAUGCUGAGAAUUGGUCUUGCACGAAAUCUUGCUCGGUCAAUUAUAAAAGAAGGCUCGUUGGACGGUUCCUGAGGCCAACUCCAACAUGGUAUCUUUGUAAGGCAAUGUAUAUACAUUUUUAAAAGAAUAAAUGUGGUUUUUUUGCAAAUAUAA